AGCCCGAGUGCCCUGAGAGAAAAAAGCAAGCCUCGGCCGUGCCGGGGCGAGCGGGAAGAGCAGAGGCAAGCGAGCAGUCCACGAUUCAGCCGGCUCACCACGCGGGGGCCGCGGCCGCGGCGCACAGAGGCAUCCUCCUCCUACCUACCCGGACAUUAGCCUCCCCCCGCCCCCGCCGCGCGCGACAAGAGCUCACCAGCGAGUGCGAGUCCCCUCAUCGCCCUAUUUAUCCACCUCAUCUGCGCUGCGCGCACCCACCCCACCCGCGAAAACGCUCGCGAACCCACCCCACCACCAUCACCACCAAGGCAGGGUGGUCCGAGGCGGCGGCGGACACGCCGCACCGCACCGCGGCGCAAGGCAUGGGCGUCCUGCGGAGCACGCAGAGCCUGCAGGCGGAGGUGGACGAGCUGCGCGCCGCGCUCCUGGCCGGGUGGGGGUGGCGCCGCUCGGCGGGCGCCAAGCGCGCCCCGGGCGCCGGCGCCGGCGGGGCGGAGGCGCGCGCCGUGUGCGUCACGGGCGGCAUCUCCUUCGUCGGCUUCGCCGUCGUCGACCGCCUCCUCCGCCACGGCUACACCGUCCGCCUCGCGCUCGAGACGCAAGAGGACGUGGACAAGCUGCGGGAGAUGGAGAUGUUCGGCGAGGACGGCAGGGACGGGGUGUGGACGGUGAUGGCCAGCGUCAUGGACCCGGAGAGCCUCCGCCGCGCCUUCGACGGCUGCGCCGGCGUGUUCCACACCUCCGCCUUCGUGGACCCCGGGGGCAUCUCCGGCUACACGAAACACAUGGCAAGGUUAGAGGCCCAGGCAGCGGAGCGGGUGAUCGAGGCGUGCGUGAUUACAGAGUCCGUCAGGAAAUGCGUCUUCACCUCCUCACUGCUGGCAUGCGUGUGGAGGCAGAACUACCCCCAUGACCGGCGGUUCCCCACCAUCAUCGACGAGAACUGCUGGAGCGACGAGAGCUUCUGCCGCGACAACAAGCUGUGGUUCGCACUUGGCAAGACGGCAGCGGAGAAGGCAGCGUGGAGGGCGGCCCGAGGGCAUGACCUGAAGCUGGUCACCAUCUGCCCCGCGCUCGUCACCGGCCCGGGGUUCCGCCGCCGCAACUCCACCGCGUCCAUCGCCUACCUCAAAGGCGCUCGUGCCAUGCUCGCCGACGGCCUGCUCGCCACGGCGAACGUGGAGACGGUGGCGGAAGCGCACGUCCGCGCGUACGAGGCGAUGGGCGACAACACCGCGGGCGGGCGGUACAUCUGCUACGACCACGUGGUCCAGCGGCCCGAGGAGUUCGACGAGCUGGAGCGCCAGCUGGGGCUGCCGGGCGGCGCCGCGGCCGCGGCCGCAGCCGCGCAGGGCGCCGGCGACGACCGGCCGGCCCGGUUCGAGCUCUGCAAGCGGAAGCUGGCUAGGCUCAUGUCCUCCACGAGGAGGUGCACGUACGACACCUACUACUCCGUCGCGUUUGACUAGCCAAGGACCUUUCUGCGAACACGGCUAGGAUUGGCGCUGAUGCAUCUGAAGGCAGAUUUCCUGGGUUUGCCCUGACGGACGGGCGAUACCGCGGGUGCUAUGAUGAGCAACGAUGGCAGCAAGUGUUGGCUGCACCGACCUGCAUUCAGUGGUGGUCCGUUUUGCUUGACGAGUGAAGCAAAACAGUUAGACUGCUCGAGCUCGUUCCUCUUGACUUUCUUUGUGGAUGGGAUGGAGCAGAGAGCUCGGUUGAGAGUGUGUGCAAUGAUGUACUACUACUUGUGAGGCUGAGUGCAAACUUGUACAUAGUUUUGGCCCAGCAAUAAAAGCCAUGUUAUGAUGCGGC